AUGGAGCGCUCCAGUCAGUUUAAGCCAACGACUGUCAGUUAUGGAGAGUUAUUAAAUAUUUCAGCUAAUAACACUGAUUCAAACUACACUUCCAAGACAGGAGAAAGGGAUGCGAAUCUUUUUUUCCAAGCAAGUCUUGCGAUUAUUUUAUCUCUUUUAACUUUUGCCACGACAUUGUCCAAUGCUUUCGUUAUUGCAACUAUUUAUCAAUCCAGGAAGCUGCAUACUCCUGCAAAUUUACUCAUAGCAUCACUAGCAGUUACAGAUCUACUAGUUUCAAUUCUAGUGAUGCCAAUAAGCGCUCUAUAUACCGUAAGUCAGACCUGGACAUUGGGUCAAGUCAUGUGUGAUAUUUGGUUGUCUUCUGAUAUAACCUGUUGCACAGCAUCUAUUCUGCAUCUGUGCAUAAUUGCCUUGGACCGUUAUUGGGCUAUAACGGAUGCUGUUGAAUACUCUAAGAAGCGCACUCCUGCGCGCGCUGCAGGAAUGAUUGCCACUGCCUGGGUCAUAGCCAUCUCCAUCUCUCUUCCACCCUUUUUCUGGCGUCAGGUGAAAGCGGAGGAGGUCACCAGCUGCUAUGUGAACACUGACCAUAUUUUCUACACUAUCUAUUCAACUUUUGGAGCAUUCUAUAUCCCUACUCUCUUACUGAUUGCCUUGUACGGCAGGAUUUACGUUGAGGCCCGCAAAAGAAUAUUGAAACAGUCCCCUAAAAAAACGGGGAAAAGACUUACUUCUGCCCAUUUGAUCACCAACUCACCGGGAUCUGUAGCAUCAACAACAUCCCUUAAUUAUGGAACAAACGAGACCUCCUCUUGUGAUACUAUUUCGUCUGCGAACGUUAAUCAAGUGAAAGUCACUGUGUCGGAUGCUCUUUUGGAAAAGAAACGAAUAUCGGCAGCCAGGGAGAGAAAGGCAACGAAAACGUUAGGAAUUAUAUUGGGCGCAUACAUCAUAUGCUGGCUUCCAUUCUUUAUUUACACGUUAUUAGUGCCUAUCUGUACAACUUGCACCCCUCAUCCUGAACUGUUUGACAUCUUUACUUGGUUGGGUUACCUCAACUCUCUCAUAAACCCCAUCAUUUACACAAUGUCGAACGAGGACUUCAAACAAGCUUUCCACAAACUGAUACGGUUUAAGUGCUUCGGAUCAUGA